CUAGAAUCCUCGUCUAUCAUAGUUUAUAGACUAAAUAAUCAUGGAAAAUCUAAACCAUUUAAAUUUCUGGUGUAUUGCCAUAACCAACUGCGAAUAUUUCCACAACGACACUCAGCGACCGCGACGGACGGUGUUUGGCAGCUCUUUUAGAAGUUGCUCGCCCAGGACCCAUUACCCCUGUUUUUUUUAGAAAUAAUUAGCGAUACAGCGACAACAUAUUGAAGAUCCAUCUUUUUUCAUUGACAUUUAGUAGAUUUAUAAUUCAUUCAUAACUUUUUCUUGAAAGAAGAUGUCAGGGUCUCCGAGUGGAUCGGUCCCUGCGACGGCGACCAACAUCGCGACGGUCCAGGGCCAAGGUAUGGGCAUCAAGAACCAACUUCUCGAAGAUUAUGACGGAGUGCCAUUCAUAAGGCCAAGGUAGUAUACUAAUAUUAACUGCAAAUACUAACUACUACUGGUUGUUCCUUAUUAACUAGUUGUGGCUGCAAGAAAUCAAUCCCCGGCUCUUUUUCCCUCAUAAAUGGGUCCUAGGUUUUUAGUCCCUUCAUCCAAUCAAUGACGGUUAGAAGUCGCGGCUUACGAUUUUUUGUUUUUUUAAGAAAUAUAAUUAUAAUAUGAUAACUACUCUUUUCGCUUUUCUAUCUUCCUCUGGUCUUUCUUUUUUCUAGUCAGGUCUGCUCCCCCACGAAAAUGAUAUUCUUACUCAGAAAUUCCUGCAGGUACUAUCCGGAUGUAAAUAUGAAGCGAAGUCGGGACUAUUGGGACUACGAGAAUCUUGCAGUUAACUGGGGAAACCAAGACGAUUACGAAAUAGUGCGGAAGAUUGGCAGAGGUACAUUCCAUAAUGUCAUCAUACUUUCUACUUUUUAGAUGAGAAUAGAGUCUGCUUAAUAUCGUACUGCAGUUUCUUUCGACAUAUCUCUAUCAGCAGGAAGCCGUUGAAAGAAUAUCCACCGACACGACUCCCUCUUACACGACAAACGAAGGUAAAUAUUGCGAGGCGUUUGAGGGCAUUCACGUGAAAACGCAGACGCAGAUCGUUAUCAAAAUUUUGAAGCCGGUGAAGAAAAAGAAGAUCAAGAGAGAAUUGAAGAUUCUCCAGAACGUCUGCACAGGGCCAAAUAUCGUCAAACUUAUGGAUUACGUUCGCGAUUCCCAGUCGAAGACGCCAAGUUUGAUCUUCGAGUACUGAUACUUAAUGAUGGAUCAUAUAUCUAACGCUAUGCUACUCCACCGGAUCACGAUGCAUUUUCUGAGAUAUGAUCUCGGCCUGAUCUCGACUGAUCACUUUUGCUUUUCUACUUAUUACCAGGUCGAAAAAUUAUAGUUUCGAAUGCAUGAAGAUUUUGUAUGAUGAAAAAAUCAAUUUUUAGGUAGGUACUUAGAUGAAACUUAUGUCCAAUACCCAUCGAUUCCCAGUCGAAGACGCCAAGGUUGAUCUUCGAGUACUGACUUUACCGCUGAUACUCAACAGGUACAUCAACAAUAUUGACAGGUACAUCAACAAUAUUGACAGGUAUAUCAAAUAAAUUGUCAGGUACAUCAACAAUAUUGACUUCAAGCAGUUGUAUCCAACCUUCCGGGAUUACGAUGUCCGAUUCUACAUUCGGGAGGUGCUCAAGGCGUUGGACUUUUGCCACUCGCAAGGUAAGAGAGGAGAGCAUUUUAGUCCUCCUCCAACUGUUGCUCAGCUAUUCGAAUCGCACUGAUUGUUCCUAGCUAUCUCCUACCACGAUCCUUGUGAUUUCGCAAUUUCUUUUUUAUAUUAGGUAGCUCAAAUAAGUAUUUUCUCUUAUGUUUCUACUCUGUGCCUGUGGCUGUGCUUUUAUCAAGGAGGGGUCGCCCAAGGGGCGGCCCCGGUUUCUUGUGAGUAUAAGUAAAGAUAAUGCCCUCUUCUUCCUCAACAAACUAACUGCAGGUAUCAUGCAUCGCGACGUGAAGCCGCACAACAUUAUGAUCGACCACAGUAAGCGACAAUUACGACUGAUUGAUUGGGGUUUGGCGGAGUUUUACCAUAUCAACACGCCAGUGAACGUCCGAGUUGCCUCAAGAUACUACAAGGGUCCCGAGCUUUUGGUCGACUAUCAACUUUACGACUAUUCCUUGGACAUAUGGUCCUUGGGAUGCAUGUUCGCAGGUACUUGUUAAUACAGUACUAGGUAUGCGUCUAGUAUCAAGAGGAAGAUAUGAGAAUGUUGUACUUUCUUGAGUACGCCUAACUUGCCGUGACCGUGCAAAUGCUUAAAUCUCGAGGGAAAAAUUCCUCAAGGAGGAUACCUCCUCCCGCACUACAAUUUUUAUCUUCACCAUCGUUCUUCACAGGUAUGAUCUUCAAGCGAGAGCCGUUCUUCCGCGGAUCGGACAAUUACGAUCAAUUGGUCCGAAUUGCUAAGGUUUUGGGUUUUGACGGCCUCUCUUCGUAUCUGAACAAGUACCACCUAGAAUUGGACCAGCAUUUUGAUGACUUGUUAGACCGAUUCCCGCAGAAAAGCUGGACGAAAUUUGUGAACUCCGACUGCGCCCACGUCGCACAUCAAGACUCUAUCGAUCUAUUGGAUAAGGUAUCUGCCGCGUGUACAAGAACUUGAACCUCUCGAUGGUUGUAGGUAGGAGAAAAAAGAUCAUUAUAGAAUUAUUAGUCUCAAAUCAAUGUUGUACGUCUACUAGUUCAAGAACUGCAAGAAGCUGUAUAUCCACCUAUCACACAUGAUCAUCUCAGUGCUCACUCACAUUUAUCUUUUAUCACACGAUCCCAGAUGUUGGUCUACGAUCAUUCGCAACGUAUCCUGCCACGGGAAGCAUUUAAUCAUCCCUAUUUCCGACCGGUGGAAAACGACAAGGGUGGCCCGUAUGAAGGUGGAUCGCCGCCUUCGAUCCAGAUCCAACCGUACACAGCAACUUUGCGCCAGCAAUAAGACGGACUACUAGGUAGAUGGAUAUCUUCCAGUCAAGCCAUGAUUAGCUUAACUAUCGUGUUGACUUAGAGGAAGUAGAUCUUCAUCUAAGUUACAAGUACAACCUUGUUCAACGACUAAUUCCAAAAGCGGAGUAAAAAUCGAAUUUUCGAAGAAAAAUUCGAAACCAACCUCUGUAAAUGUAUCGGGAACUACAACGGGAAUGCAACUUCCUUGUAUUUGUAUCUGAAUUUUUUUUUUGGGAAAUUAAAUGGGAAGAAGCAAUUUGAAUUUCUUGACGUGAAUUGACUUCCGG